UCCACUGUAACAAGCAGCUUUGUCCAUCCAGCAGAAUCUAAGGUUGUCUAUGCGACAUGGCGUCUGUUACGCAAAAGCGUCAAAUCGACUCUCUCAAUGCUUUUAUCCACCAGCGGUUGACGAACAUUGCAGGAGAGAUAUGUCAGGUUUUUCAGGAGACUUUGACCGCGUAUCAGGAGGAGAUAAACCACUCCAAACAGGAAAAUGUUUAUCUGAGGAAAAUGCUGGCUGAAAUCACACUCGACAGAGCAGAGAGGCUAAAUGCACAUAGCAGCCAAGAAGAUGGGUUUCCUUCAGAGAAACAGAACCCGACAGACCCCGAGACGUCAGUUAUACAGGUGAAACUGGAGCUUAGUACCACACAGCAGGAUCUUGAACUACCAAAACAAUCACGUCCUUCUCUUGCUUGCAGCCCGGAAUGCACAGACAGAGCUGAAGAACCGCAUUGUGAUAUCUCAGAUGAGCAUCAAAGUCACACAGAUGGAGUUCCUUUUCCUCUUAAACCACCAAACAUUAACCUGGAGCCACAAAACAGCAAUCCUGCACAAAUCCAAGUCAAGCUGGAACCUUUGAACGAACACGAGAAGGCUGAGUCACAAGAGCAGCUGAAUAAUGCUUCUUUACUCAGUUCCAGUACAGUAAAUGUUCUGGCAAAAAAUAAUCACUGUUCCACCACAGCCUCAACCAUAGCAGUUUUACACACACCAGAAAUGUGGAAUCAUACAGGUCUCUCCCCCGAUAACUCGUGCACUCCUGGGAAAAGCGACGAUCGGUUCGAGCCUUCCAUAAAAGACGAGCCCGUCUCCCAGCCCUCUUCUCAAUACGAGAAACCGGCAAAUGACUUUUCUCGUUUAAAACCGCGCUUGCAGAGUCACAUCUCUUACAGGCCGCUAUACUGUGACGUGUGCAGAAAGCCUUUCCAAAACGAAUGGCAACUGAAAAGACAUUUUCUGAAGCACCAGAACAAGCGACCGAACUGCUGCGAGUUGUGCGGAAAGUGCUACAGUACACCGCACGUGCUCAAAAUCCACCUCCGGACUCACACAGGAGAGAGACCAUAUCACUGCAAGUUCUGUGAAAAGACGUUUAGUCAGAUAGGUCACUUGAAAGGGCACGAAAGGAUUCACACUGGAGAAAAGAUUUACAGCUGCUCAGUAUGUGGGAAAUGUUUCACUUGGUUGAGUCAAGCCAAAGAACAUAUUCGGAGCCAUCCUGGGCAGAUGGCUAGCGUUCUAAGAAAAAUCAAUCAGUGAUUGAAUAAAAAAAUAGGAUAAACGUUGCUUAUGUUUUACUUUUGAUUUUUCUAACUUUUGUCUAGAUUUUGAUUUCUUUUUCAUUUUAAAGGGAAAAUUAGGAGUAAGAAUACUGGAUAAAAGUCCCAAGAGAUUUCUAUUAAUACUUUAAAUAAGAGAAUACCUCAGCUCAAGACUAAGGAAUAAAGCACAAUAUGACAUGCUGUUAUAUGAAAAUGAUCAAAAGCAGGAUGGAGUGGUGAUUCUUUUCCAGUAACAAUUUGUCCUGAGGUGUUUUAUUCCGCUUAUACCACAACAAUUAAAAAUGGUAUAAUAUCUUUUUUAUUACUUACCAUGUCAUACAUUUUAUCCGUUUAUAGUUACAUUUAGUAUUGUGUAGCAUAUGCAAGUCAAAUUCAUUCAAGACCUACAAUAUAGCAGCUACAGACAGCUGUUUCCUCACCAGGUAACGAGGCAAAUAUAUACAAAGUGUAUAAAGAGGAAAGUGUGGAUAUGAUUUAUGAUUUAUUGUGGUGUCUGAUUCAAUUAUGCUGUUUUGGAAACAAGGACACAGGAUGCUUCCCAAAUAUUUCAGCUGACUUAGCAACAUCUGACAUUGACUCGUCAGUGCUACAUGGAUGUGAAGCACUCAGAGGAAUGAAGGAAUGAAAAAAGAUAUUUCUGGGCCAGAAUAAAUUGGCUUUGAAUGAAAAUAUUAGAUUAGACCAUCUUGUAAACCUACAGUAUAACUUUUCUACUUCCUCUAAAGAACAAUCCUAUCAGUGAUGGUAGUAGUAGUAAUAAUAACUAUAAAAUAAGUAACAAAAAUAUGCUGGUGAUGUGUAGAAUCUUAUAUUCCCUAAAAAUAAACGUCACUCUUUAUGCAUGAGAUGUAGAUAUGCAAAAAUAUUUUGUGUACAUCUGAUUCCUCUUGUCCUUGUUUCCUGUCUUCACACCAUGCAGUUAAGCUGGGAAGCAUAUUUAAAGAAAGAAGAAACAUUCACUGCAUCACUGUUAUUUACUGGGUUUUUUUUUGUUGUUGUUGUUGAAAAUAUUCAGCGAUAAUAUAUUUUCUGUGGAAGUCUGCCAGAGUGAUGGAUCUGCUGUCAGAUGACCCUUUUGAGAUCUUCUUGCUUAUACCGAGAUGUGACUGUGAAAGGACAGAGCUGUCUGUGUCUCUCUACAGAGGAUAGAGAACCUGACUGGAUUGUCUUAACUGAGUGUUAAUCGUUAACACUAAACUUCAUAUGAACAACUUUUAUUCUAAUAUAUAAUAUUGCCAAAAUGUGACUUUAACAUGCAUAAUCUUCUAUUCAUUAAGAAGAUAAUGAAUAAAUUUAUUUUCCUUAUUAGUA